AUGGGUAAGGACGGAGACCCCGGGGGCCAAGCGAUGAGUCCGAAGGAUCCAAAAAUGCAGGCAGCUAAAGUUCGAUUGCUUGAUGGAACAUACAAGGACUUCAGUUUACAUCGAGGCUCAGACGGAGAAGCGCUCUUUGUACUAGUGAGUGCCGAUCUGUCUAUCGAAGAGCGCGAGUAUUUCUCUCUCUGCUUUUAUGACACCGAGGGAACGCGAAAUUGGCUUUACAACGACAAGAAAAUACUCAGGCAGCUCAAAGGCCUUCCGUGGGAGUUCUGUUAUGAGGUCAAAUUCUAUCCGACCGCACCAUCUUCACUUAAUGACGAUCACGCACGGUAUAACCUAUUCCUCCAGUUGCGAAAUGACGUAUGCAGUGGGCGAUUGCCAGCAACGAUUGAAACACAUGCUACAUUAGGCGCUCUGGUUGCACAAGCGCAAUACGGUGAUGCCAAGCCGACUCCAGAAUACGAAGAAUAUUUGCGAACGACGAAAUUCGCUCCACAAAAUAGUGAACAGCUUCUUCAAAUGAUUGCACAGAAGCACAAAGAGCACAAAGGAUUGACGCCAGCUGAGGCGGAAAAUUUAUAUUUGGAUACGUGUAAGCAGCAAACGAUGUAUGGAAUAUUCGUUUUUAAUGCGAAGGACAGUAAAGGUGCCCCAGUUGGUAUAGGAAUCUGUGCGCAUGGUAUAUACAUCUAUAAAGACCAAAUUCGUGUCAACAGGUUCCCAUGGCAGGGCAUAAUAAAAAUCAGCUAUCGAAAAAAUCAAUUUGCCAUAAAGCUGAAAGCAGGAGAGAUUGACAAGAAAGAGGCAACUGUUGUUUACAAAGUUUCCGAUUAUGCACACGCUAAGCGUAUCUGGAAGACUGCCGUUGAACAUCACACAUUCUUCAGGCUUAUACAACCAGAUGAAAAGCCAAAGUCAUCGCUGUUCCGGUGGGGAUCAGCUCGAUUCCGUUAUCAAGGGCGCACACAGUUCCAAACUAAAAUGGCUUCACAGAUGUUUGACAAACCAUCAAAUGUGACCGUACAGCGUACGAGUAGCGCCCGCCUUACGCAUUCUCUUGAUAAUGUCGCAAAAGAGCAAGCUGGCAGUGAUCAUGUCUCGCCAUUACACUAUGCGGAUAAUGAAUUAGGAUCGCGAGAGCUAAACGAAUUCCAGCCUAUGGCAUCUCCCGCAGUGACUUACGAGAUUUCCGGUCAGAGCGAGAAACGAAAGCUCGACGACAAGGUGGGUAACGGUCUGCCAUCUGAUGAUGAUGAUGAGCUUGUCUACACGCCUGUUGAAUCGCCGUCAUCUGCUGCUUAUUAUCUCUCAGAACGUUCAUCUGCCUAUUCACCCACCACCUCAAAUGAUUUCGGCCGUUCACAUCAGACGAGACUCACUCCUUUAUAUUCUUGGAAGGGUUCUGAAUUUGCUUCUACGUCGGCUGAUGUUGCUCGUCAUUCCUACAAUGAAACAACGGGAUCGUAUUCCUUGCCAUAUCGUUCCGGACCUUAUUCGAGCACGUUCGUUGAUACCACUGAAAAACGUGCUGACAUUGAACCACUGCCUAUUAAUGAUACUGUGCAAGUCUACCAUGCAGGACAUUAUCAACGACUUGAUCGGCAGCCACGUCGGCCACCACGAAACGCUGAUCUCAAUAAUCAGCGCAUAAAUGGGGUCACAACUGUGCGGAGGUUAGGGCCAGAUGAAGAAAUGAAUAUGCAUCCAAUUCGCUAUUUUGUGAAUGUGCAACAUUCGGGUUCUAGUCAUAUUCCGCGUGUUAGCAGAAUUAGGCAUCCAGGACGGGAAGAAGUUGGCGCUCCAAAUCUAUCCAAUUAUAACUUCAGGAGUAGUUCUGAUUCUCCGAUUGUGCGGCUAGAGCCUGGCAACGAACUUGAAGCCCGCAACAUCAGGCAGUAUUCCUCUGUAUACCAUCCUGGAAGCUCUCAAAUAGUUGUUUCAAAGCAAGCUGACCCUGAAAUGCCACCUCCACGUUUGAUCACUCGAGUUUUACCAACUUCUUCGCUAGAUGGUCAUUUUCGUCCACUUUAUGAUGGCGAUGGUGUUCCAAAAGCCCACAUAAGCAGGGUUCAAAGAAAUGAAAACAUCGAUGGCACCGAACAAGAACACUUUUCUACGCCUUCAACGUCACCUGCGGGCAGAUUCAAAGAUUCAUCACGCGAACGGAUUCACGACUCCUCUUAUUCUGGAAGAGGCGAGGCAAUUUUGGUUGGGCGGAGACAACAUGAUUCGACUGAAGAAGCCAUCGAGAAGAAAAGAGCUCGACCCGAAGUUUAUGGUGUGGCAUCCACUUCUUCCACUACUCAUGUUGAACCUAUAACACCCCACAACGAAUUGCCAUCCGUCCCGCUGAGAGAGCACACUCAGGCCUACCAUCAUGGACAGUCCUGGGAUGUCACAAAAGGAGCGAAGGCCCAUAUCGAUCCCGCAACGAACAUUUCUCAUGGUACGGGGAAAAAAGCUGUUCUACAUUUGAAAGGCUCACCUGUGAAGAAAAAAUCGUUACCAGCUGAUGAGGAGGAAGCCCCCGAAGUUCGUUUGAUAGCUCGAGUCCCACAUAAAGUAUCUGGAGGAAAAACAGUAGAGGAUGAACCGAGCAAGGAUCAAGAACCACCGGGGAUGUUACCAUUCUGGAAAUACAGAGACAGAAAGCGCCAAGGAGAGAUACAUUCUCAACAUCCUGUUCCUGAUGAAGUUGUUGCCGCUCCGCUACAGCACAUCGACCGCCAAGCUGAAAUCGAGCAGAUGCCAUUAAGAACUGCAUCAACGGUCCCAUCUUCGACCACAACUUCGAAACCCACCCAACAUCGCGCAUACGUCUAUGAAAGAUACCAUCACGAUGGUGGUGAAGAAUUUACAGGAAAAGACCAACUUCGCUCUGCAGCUCAUGGCGUAGCAUCUAAAACAGACAAAGAUUCUCUCGAAUCCAUCCCACGGCAGCUAGAGUUAAAAACCACGCCGUUGCGUGAGCAAGCCGAGAUGUAUCACCAUGGCCAAUCCUGGGUUUUGCCCCAGGGUGCGAAGACUGCUCCUGCUGCCACCACAGAAGACCACCAUAUAACAACUAGGAAGGAAGUACCGCAUGCAGGAGGUACCUUUGUGAAAAGCAUGCCGUCAUCAGUCGCUGAAGAGGAAACAUCCAGAAUUCACUUGAUAACACGUGUACCCCCCGCUACUGCGGAACAGACAACAAGCACCGCUACGCCAAGUAGAGCACACGAAUUGACUGGAAUGUACUCUAUUCCAAAACCAGAAACCCAGGAACGCCAGGCAAGCUCGCUUAAGGACAGUGAUCAUCCCAACAUCGGAAAGAAUACAUUCGCCACUGAUUACACGGAUCGCCAAGUCGAGUUUAAACAGAUUCCGUUCAAGGCCCCUACUCCUGUAACCUAUAAACCAACACCAGAAAGGGGUUCGGAACCAGCCCAACAUCGUGCAUAUGUAUUCGGAAGAUGGCGACAUGAGGGUGACGAAGAGAUUGUUGAGAAAGAUCGGGUUCGACCUGAAACAUAUGGAGUUGCUUCCACAUCCUACAAGGGCCCUCUCGAAUCUACCACACUUCAUUCUGAGUUGCCUUCCGCGCCACUGCGAGAUCACGCGAAAGUGUACCACCAUGGGCAGUCUUGGGAUGUGACCAAAUCUGUGAAGACUCCUACCGCUGUCAAAACGGAAAAUGAUCAUGGCAUGGGUAGAAAAGCAGUUUUGCAUUUGAAAGGAACUCCUGAGAAAGACAUGCCAUCUCCUUCUGUUGAAGAGGAAGCGCCCAAAGUUCGAUUGAUAGCACGGGUACCGCACAGGACAUCAGAGGAUGAUGAGGCACUUGCGAGCAAACCGACGAAAGAUCAUGAAUCUUCUGGGCUGUUUUCAUUCUGGAAGUCAGGCGAUCGGAAGCAUCGUGGGAGCUCAUACGAUGGCUCCGAAUAUCCGAUCACUGGG